CCUUAGAAGAGAAACCUGACACGGCGACGUUGUCGGACCGACCGAGAUGGGAAAUGAGACCAAGAGCAACGGAGCUUCAAACAUGGGAGGAGGAGGAGGAUUCAGGGCGAAGAUGGAGCACUAUGUCUACAGUGGAGAAAAGAAACACGUUUUGGCAGGGAUCGGGAUCAUCACCAUCAUCUUCGGCAUCCCUUGGUAUCUCAUGAAUCAAGGAUCAAAGCAUCGGUCGCACCAAGAUUACAUGGAAAAGGCUGAUAAAGCUCGUAAAGCACGUCUCUCUUCAUCUUCAUCCUCUGACAAGUAGUUCUCUCCAAUCCAUUUUUCCUCACUACCCCACUUGGAGACCUUUUUGUAAACUCUAGUUAGAUAUAUGUGUCCUGGUUGAACAUAUCUCAGUGAUGCCUUGUUUUAGAGUUCAGAUACGUUUCAUUCACAUGU